CUACGAUGCAGCUCACAUGCAUUCGAUAUAUCUACAGCAAACACUAUGUACAUCCAUGUCGAUCUAUCGUCCGACUGUUAGCCUGAUUGGUAGAUCAACCCGAAUCUGAUUGCCGAUCCUUUAGGACCAGUUCCCUCAUCCGCCCGUCCAGUCUUCCUGCCUGUUGUCCCCUGUGAGACCGCGGCCGACCAUGCCAGCCACGCCGCCCUCGCACUCGCACUCUCCAUCCUGGCUCCCAAUGGAGUAUUACAAGACUGUUCCCAUCCCUUUGCACGGCGCCCGCCCGCCAUCACUUUCAUGUCGCCCUCAGCUGUUCCACCCUGUCCGGCCAAAAUCGAUGAUCAGAUCGCUUUUUUUGCCCUAACCACCCGCCACAAUGGCGCCCAGUGAGAGGGGAUGGAAGAUGAUCAUUAUCGUCACGGUGCUAGUCGGUCUUGCCACAAUCGCUACCAUCCUUCGCGUUUUCGCUAGGCUCAAGCGCCGGGUCAAGAUUGAGAUAGAUGACUACCUCUGUUUUACGGCGCUGUUUCUACUAUAUGGGAUGCUUGUGCAGUUGAUUUUCUGGUGCGCCAUCGGCGGUAACGGGACUCAUUUUUCAGAGCUCUCUCCUGAAACUCUCAUUAUAUUCGGCAAGAUCUUCAUCGCGAACCAAUUCACCUACUUCGCCCUCUGCCCCGUCCUCAAAAUCUCCAUCAUCUGCUUCUACCGCCGCAUUUUCUCGGGCGCGACCUUUCACCGCAUCUCCGCCCUCAUAAACUGGCUCAUCGGCCUUUGGGCCGCCGCCAUCUUCCUCACAUGUGCACUUCAGUGCCGACCUCUACGGGGCUAUUGGGACAAGUCUGUCCCCGCCGUGUGUAUCGACGGAACCACCUACUUCAUCGUUAACCAGACCUUCAACGUCAUCAUGGACUUUGUCAUCCUCGGCCUGCCCCUGCCCAUCAUCUGGCGCCUCAAGCGCUCGUGGCAGGAUAAGCUCGCGCUCAGCUGCGUCUUCGCCCUCGGCGGCUUUGUCUGCUUCGCAAGCGUCUACCGCAUCGUCGUCCUCUUCUAUAUCGAACCUGCCGACACUACAUAUACCGUCUACCAAGCCACCCUCUGGACACACAUCGAGCCUUCCGUCGGCAUGAUCUGCGCCUGUCUCCCGACAAUCCGCGGCCUCUUCACCUUCUCGUCGUGGCGCGCAGGGACGCUCGGCUCACAGGGCUCAAAAGGUGUCGGGUACGGGACGGGCUCGAAGUCGCAGGGCACACGCCGGAAGUCUGGGAGUCAGUUGGGGAACUCGGUGUAUAUUAAGAUGAAUGAGAGGGUGGAGAGGGAGGAGAAGGAUCUUGGGAUGGAUGAGGAGGAAUCUAGGGAUGGGAGAAUCAGGGUCAGGACGGAUAUUAAAAUUGUGAGAGGGGUGGUAUAGAGGUGUGUUAUAUAUAUAAAAAGGUGUUUAUCUUAAUAAGUAGCAGCGGUAUAUAGACUUUGGAGCUAUUGCAACUAGGUGUUAGUACAAUACAAUCUGUAUAGAAGGAUACGCUUAGAACCGAAAUACACAUAUAAGCUUCAUUCUUAA